GAUAUCAACCCCGGCAAAUUGGAGAAUCUUUAUCAAGGAAAUCUCUACUAGGACGGAAUUACGGACGCAGUACGCUGUGCUGUUCGACUUGGAUCUGUCUCCUGAAAAAUGAGCAAGGACAUGGCUACUAAUUCUGCUGAGGUAGUCCACAGUGUGGAGGAUGAGGCUUACGAACCCCAAACUUAUAAUGAUGCUUUUCCUGCUUUAGAAACUUCCCGCGAUGUCUCGACAAUUCAAUCAAACAAUGCUUGGAAAUCUCAGACGGGAGCAUGGAAACACCCUUCCAUUCGUACAACUAAAUGUACCCAGGUGUUCUCUGUUCCUUUAGAAGAAAGACGAUUCAAGGAAAUGGAUGAUCGCUUAUUUGGAGAUGAAACUGAACAGACCAAGAUUUGUAAAGAUAUCAUGGCAAGAACAGGCGUUUCUAUUGAAAUAAGUAUGGCUAAAGAUCAAAGUUUAACAGUUGUUGUACAUGGUAAGAGUGAUGCUGUAAUGAAGGCACGUCGUGAAGUAAUGACAAGACUACAAACUCAGGCCAACUCUCUUGUAAGUAUUCCGAAAGAGCAUCAUCGUUAUAUUUUGGGUAAAAAUGGCAAAAAACUACAGGAAUUGGAAUUAUGUACGGCAACAAAAAUAACUGUUCCUAGACCUGAUGAUGAUGGUGAAAUGAUAAAGAUUGUUGGACCAAAAGAAGGGAUUGAUAAGGCAAAACAUGAAAUACAACUCAUCUCUGCUGAACAGGCUAAAUUAGGAUUUGAAAGGUUACAAAUAUUGAAGGUGUUCCAUCCGUUUGUUUGUGGACCUAACAACCAGAUUAUCAAGAAGUUAAUGGAUGAAACUAAUGCUAAGAUUAAUGUACCACCACCUAGUGUCAUGAAAGAUGAAAUUGUUGUGUCUGGUGAGAAGGAAGGUGUUAUGAAGUGUAAAGAUACCCUAAUGAAUAUAUAUGAAGAAAAGAGAAGAAAGUGUCAAACAGUUUCUGUUGAAGUUCGUAAAUCACAGCAUAAAUACAUCAUUGGACCACGAGCCUCUGGCUUACAUGAGAUUUUGGGUGCCACUGGUGUGUCUGUUGAAGUACCUCCCAGUGACAGCUCCUCGGAAACUAUUACUCUUCGUGGUGAACAAGAGAAGCUUGGACCAGCUUUAACCAUGGUUUAUUCUAAGGCUAAUAGUGUAGUGUUUGCUGAUGUUUUGGCUCCAUCUUGGUUACAUCGUUACGUUAUUGGUAGAAAAGGUGCACACAUCAAAAAAAUAUCUGAAGAUUUCCCAAAGGUGCAUAUAGAAUUUGUGGAAAAUCAAGAUAAGAUAACUAUAGAAGGACCUCCAGAAGAAGUUGAUGAUGCUGUUAAAGCUUUAAAUCAAUAUGUUGAUGACUUGAAAAGUAGAAUGACCUUUGCUGAAAUCACAGUUGACCAAAAGUUUCACAAACACAUCAUUGGAAAGGCUGGUUCCAACAUCACUAAAAUAAAGAACAGUACUGGAGUAUCUAUACAAAUACCAUCAGAUGAUGAAAAGUCUAAUGUUAUUAGAAUAGAAGGCAACCCAGAAGGCGUAGUAUCAGCUAAAGAACAAUUGAUGGAAAUGGCCACAAGAAUGGAAAAUGAAAAAAGUCGAGAUAUUGUCAUUGAACAAAGAUUUCACAAGACCAUCAUUGGCGCCAAGGGAGAGAAUAUUCGUGAAAUUCGUGAUAAAUUUAAUCAGGUUCAGAUUACAUUCCCUGAACCAGGUAAAAAAAGUUCAGUAGUGACAUUAAGAGGUCCCAAGAAUGAUGUUGAUAGAUGUUAUAAAUACCUUCAACACUAUCACACUGAAUUGUUGGAGAGUAACUACCAAGCAGAAGUACAUAUAUUCAAAGGCUUCCAUAAAAAUAUUAUCGGUAAAGGUGGUGCUAAUAUUAAAAAGAUUCGAGAUGAUACUGAUACUAAGAUUGAUUUACCAAGUGAAAACAGUGAAUCUGAUGUUAUUACAAUUACUGGUAAACGUAAAAAUGUUGAAGAUGCUAAAACACAAAUUGAAACUAUGCAGAAAGAAUUGGCCAAUAUCAAAGAAAUAACAGUAGAAAUUCCAUCCAAUUUACACAAUGCUAUUAUUGGAGCUAAAGGACGAUUGAUUCGAGCUAUAAUGGAAGAAUGUGGUGGUGUUAUCAUUCGAUUUCCACCUGAGGGCAGCAGUAGUAAUAAAGUUACUAUUCGUGGACCAAAAGAUGAUGUUGAAAAUGCACGGAAACAGCUUUUAGCCAUGGCUGAUGAAAAGCAACUAUCUGGUUUUACAGCUGAAGUUCAUGCUAAACCUCAAUAUCAUAAAUUUCUUAUUGGUCGUGGUGGAGCCAACAUCAGAAAGGUACGAGAAAAUUCUGGAGCUAGAAUUAUCUUCCCUAAUAAUAAUGAUAAAGAUCAAGAAACUAUUAGUAUUAUUGGUACUAAGGAAGCUGUUGCAGCCGCUCAAAAAGAACUGGAAGGUCUCAUCAAAAAUCUUGAUGAUAUUGCUGAAAGUGACAUGAAUGUAGAUAUGAAACAUCAUCGCCAUUUUGUAAGUCGUCGAGGUGAAGUAUUGAGACAGAUUGGUGAAGAAUUUGGUGGUGUCACUGUCAGUUUUCCUCGUAGUGGUGUUAAAAGUGAAAAAGUUGUUAUCAAAGGACCUAAAGAUUGUAUCGAAGGUGCUAAAAGCAAAAUUCGGGAAAUUGUCAAAGACUUGGAUGCACAAGUAACUGUUGAUUGCAUCAUUGCUCAAAAAUAUCAUCGAACUGUGAUGGGUUCUGGUGGACAAAAUGUGAAAAAUAUUUGUUCCAAAUUCAAUGUUGGUAUCAAAUUCCCAGACAAACCUAAUAGUCCAGAAAAAAUAUUGAAUGGCGAUUCUAGUGAAGAUCCAUUAGCUAAUGGUGACUCCAAUAAUCAUGAAGAUGAUGGGAAACCAUUGAAAGCUGAUGUUAUUGUAUUAACUGGUACACCAGAGAAUUGUCAAGCUGCAGAAGAAGCUCUUAAAGCUUUGGUACCAAUAAUUCAAGAAAUGAAUGUACCCUAUGACUAUCAUCGAUUUAUUAUUGGCCAUAAAGGAUAUGAUGUGAGAAAGAUGAUGCAAGAUUAUGAUGUAAAUAUCUCCAUUCCACCAGCUGAAGAAAAUAGUGAUACUAUCAAAGUGACUGGUCCACCAGCUAAUGUAGAGAAAGCUAUUGAAUGUAUUGGGGAGAAGGUUGUACAACUAGAUAGUCAAAAAGAGGAUAGAGCUUUAAGAAACUUUUCAUUAGAGUUAGAAGUUAAUCCAGCUUACCAUCCUAAGAUCAUUGGACGUCGUGGAUUAGUAAUUAGUCGUAUAAGACAAGAUCAUAAUGUUAAUAUACAAUUUCCUGAUCGAGGAGAUGAAGACCAAAGUCUCAUUAAAAUUGUUGGUUAUGAGAAAAAUGCUGAAGCUGCUAAAGAGGAUAUCUUGAAAAUUGUUGAGGAACUGGAUAGUAUGGUGACUGAACAAGUUACAUUAGAUCAUCGUAUACAUCCAAGAGUUAUUGGUGCUAAAGGUCGAGGAAUUCGUAAAAUUACUGAAGAUUUUAAAGUUGAAUUACGUUUUCCACGUGCUGAGGAUCCUGAUCCUGAUGUAGUGAUUAUAAGUGGACCUGAAGAAGGUGUAGCUGACUGUAAAGACCAUCUACUAAAUAUUCAGGAGGAAUUUUUACAAGAUGUUAUGGAUCAAGAAUACCUGGAAAACUUACAAAAACCAUCACGUCAUGAUGAGAAAACUAAACGUAGAGGUAACCAACAACAACCUGGAUUCAUGGUUAAAGAUGCGCCAUGGGAUAAGGCACCAGAUACGGCUAGUACUGAUGAAUUUCCUUCUUUUGGCGCUGUUAAUGCUCCUAAAGCAGCACAUGCCUGGGGACCAAGCAGAAAACGUUAAAUAAUUAGGUUUAUCAUUGGAAAUGGUAAUGGGAAUUUUUUAGAGUUCAUAUCGCUUUGUGACCUUGCCUGUCAUUUGUCUUACUUUUGUUUCAUUCCAAUGAAUGUCCAUUUAAUAUAUUUCUCAUGCUUUAAGAUUAAUUUCUGUAUAGCUGCGCCCUUAUUUGACAUGGGCCCCGCCAAUACCCUCUGAAAUAUCAAUUACAACUUUCAUACAGUAAAUCAUUUUUGUUAACCUUGAAAUAUAUUAAAUUUCAACUUUUGUAUGUCAGAAGGUACCCUGUAGUAUAGUAUAUUAUGUUUCUCAAUAAAUGCACGUUUAUUUAACACAUAUUUCCAGGAAAGGGUAGUCUUUGUUAAUAUUGCAUUUAUUUGUCAAUAUAUUCUAUGCCAUAAUUUGUUUAUACCAUUAAUAGUUUUAUGGAAAUAAUUAAUCUAUUACCACUUAAAUUAACUGCUGAAUUGUUGUGUUGAUUUCAUAUUUAUUUGUCUUAAAUAAGGCUUAUUAGUCUAAUCUGUAGGGAUUAUUAUUGUCAGCAAAGAAUAUAGUGCAAUCCCAAAAACACCACUGCGAUUGUCAUCUAAAUUUAAAUUUUAAAUUUACAGCGAAAUAGUUCUAAAAUGAAAUGUCUUAAAAGUAUUUUUUGUAUGAAUGUGCCUUUUAAUCUAUAGAAUGACUUAAACUCCAUUGUGUUAUUAACCAAAGAUUUCAUUUUUACUUCAGUGUAUUCGGCUGAAAAAGAAAGCUGUAUUUUCCGAUAAAUCCGGUUUAUUUUGAAUUACACAAAUGAAAUAUUAUUUCUAAUCACAUUAAUGAAAUAAACAUUAAUUCAAUGAAUUGUAAUUAAGAGUUGUUAAUUGUUUAAAAUUUUUAUUUGUUUUAGUUUAUUUUCUUGUAGCUGUAGGGUUAUUCUUUGUGACUCCCUUUAAAUAAUUAACUUUUUAGUUCCUGAAGUCCAUUGUUCUACCCUAGUCACCAAGGCUUAAUGAUCUUGUUUUGAAAACUUUACAAUUAUUACAAAAUGUUAAGAACAUUUACACUUAAGGUAUAGGGAAAUAAAUGUUCUUCAUAUCAGCUGAUAAUUAUUUGGUUUCCUUUGUUUAGCUUUGCCUGUUAUAAGUUAUAAUAUAUAUUGGAUUAGGUAAAUAUAGUUUAUCAUAUUGUACAUAAUAUUUUAUCACCCAUCUUUCAAGCAGCUCUAUAAACUGAAAUAAUUUAUCUGGUGAAACUAUAAUUUAUAUUGGUUGUGCUUGAAAAGUGGGAUGUUUUCCUUGAAAUAACCCCAUAUAUAAAUUGUCAUCACUAACCUUCAAAUUAAUAUAUGCAAUGAUUCUGUUACAUAUAAAAUUGGGUCAGAAUUAGACUAUAUAUCUGUAAAACCAUUUCAUUACAUCAAUAAAACCUGUUAAUUUUUCAACAUAAUUCUGAUCCAAUUUACAUGAGUGAUUGUUAUUUGUGAAUCCAUUCCAUGCCAUUAUAUCAUGCAUUUUACUUGAUUUAUGAGUUAAUGUCUCUUGACCCUAUAUAUAUUAUGAUGUAUUUUAAAUCGCAAAGACCAUCCUUUCCAAAUUUCUCUCUUCUCUGAUUUCCAACGAUACAGGAGUAUAUAAUUUGGCAAUCAAUUGUAAGUAAUUCUCUGACUUACUUUAUAACCCACCAAAUUCUAAAGUUUUAAUUAUCAAGUGUGUUCAUCAGAGAAAAGAUAUUAUUUGGAUGUUUACCAUCAAUCAAAUCCUAUCUUAUUAAUGGCAUUGGUUCACAUUCUAUAUUAUAAAGUAUAAAAAAAAAGGAAAAAAAAAAAAGAAAUAUUUGAAAGUGCAAAUGUACCAAGACCAAAUGUCAGUAAAAUGCAAAUAAUAAACUGUGUUUUUAUUUC